ACCAACAUGUCAGCGCCCUUGAGCAGCACUUCUCAAAGAACCUCUCUGAUUUUGCUGACGGUUAGCUAGCUACGAUAAAUGAAAAUACAGAAAAAAAUGUUUUAUGGAAAAUAGUCGUUAAUGUCGAAACAACUGUACACGAUAUCCAAAAACCUUCUGAACGUCAUGUCACUUCAAUUAGCUGUCGUUGUGUAGUGCUAAACAAAUCAGCUAGCUAACUAGAUAAUAUGCAAAACAAAUCAACAAAUUAUAGAGAGUAAUAUUGUUCCAAUGUUGUAUUAAGCCUUUCAGGCAAACCGUUGUUUAGUAUGGCUUUUACACAAGCUGUCAAAAUGCAGUUAGGGAACGUGUGUGGUCGGUCCUGGAUGUCCUCUUACCAGAAGGGGUCCACUGUCAUGUCCCAAAGGCUAAGAGAUUACCGAGCGGUUCUAUGCGGUAGAAGUCAAAAUGUGUCCCAAAAGAUUUGCCCAAAUAGUAGAGCUAUGCAUGCAACUCAGCCAUUGAUGAUUACGAAGGUACUGUCAUUGGACGAGAUCUUUGCCAGAAGAUCACUAAAGGACUACUUGAAGAAGAUGGAGACAGAGUACAGAGAUAGUCUGACAGUUGUCAACAUGACAGAGGGACAGCAGGAUGGUGAAGAGGUAUUGAGGGUGAAGAGGACAAGAGUUUCUGUACUAGCCCCACUAAUCCAGUACACCAGAGAGCUUCAGACAAAACAGCAGGAAUUUGCUGAAACAGAAACAUUACUGAAAGAUGACGACCCAGACAUGCGUGAACUGGCAGUCCUUGAGAGGGAGGCCUGUCAGAAAGCGAUUCAAGAUGUUAGACAAAAGAUCCUGUCCCUGUUGAUCCCUGAGGAGGAGUCAGACAUGAGUGACCUGGUCCUGGAGGUCACCGCAGGGGUUGGAGGUCAGGAGGCCAUGCUCUUCACUGCAGAGGUCUUUGACAUGUACCAGAGCUUUGCAGCACACCAGGGCUGGGGGUUCGACAUCCUGGAGUACAUGAAAAGUGAAAUAGGUGGAUUACGGCAUGCAUCAGCCAGUGUCAGUGGUCCUGAGAGCUACAAGAGGAUGAAGUUUGAGGCAGGUGUGCAUCGCGUGCAGAGAGUCCCUAAGACUGAGAAACAGGGCCGCAUGCACACCAGCACCAUGACAGUGGCAGUGUUACCCCAGCCCACAGAGAUCACAUUCACAAUUAAUGCGAAGGAUUUGAGGAUUGAAACCAAGAGGGCGAGUGGAGCCGGGGGCCAGCAUGUCAACACCACAGACAGCGCAGUACGAAUAGUUCAUCUCCCUACAGGUGUGGUCUCAGAAUGCCAGCAGGAAAGAUCCCAACUGAAAAAUAAGGAAAAGGCCAUGAAGGUUCUACGUGCCAAACUCUAUAGUAUGAGGCUGGAAGAAGAGACCAGUAAGCGAUAUACUGCACGGAAAGUCCAGAUUGGCACCAAAGGUAGAUCUGAGAAAAUCAGGACCUACAACUUUCCCCAGGACCGAAUCACAGAUCAUCGGAUUGGGAAAACAGUGCAUGAUGUCCGGGAGUUUCUUGUGGGAGAAGAGCUUCUUGAGGAAAUGAAUGUGGCAUUAGAGGAGUUCUCUAACCAGGAGAUUCUCAUGGACAUUCUUGGAGAAAAUGACUGUGAUCAAUAAUAGCCAAUGUGGUAGUUUACAUUAAAUCUAUGAAGCUAUGAAUGUUGCUUUUUGCAAGAUCAGUGUGUUUGUUUGCUUGUUUGCCUUCAUUUCCUGGUUUCAGUUUAAGAGCCCACUUAACACAUUCCGCCCACUGGUGUGAACUGCCAGUUCUCAAACUGCUUUUGUUACUCUAUUAGCAGUAAAACUUUAAAAUACACCCCCCAGCAGAGAACCACCAAUCAACCACUUUAUUCAUGUUGUGUUGACUGCCCUUUUCUUUGUCCAUAUUUCAAACAAAUUAAAUAAAAUAAUAAGA